CAUUGAUUUGCGUGACCGUGGAAGCCAAGCAGAUGGUGUUGUAACUUGAUAAAUGAGCUGAGCCAAUUGUCUGUCGCGGUGCACUGUGGAGCAGCUAGCUCAGUCUGUUUCCUCUGUGAAAACACUGGCUGUAGUCCAAUCUAAAAUGACACUUUAUGAGACCCUUGUGGCCAUCAAUGUGCUUGCCGGAUGUAGGAAUGGGCAAUUUUGGGGUUAAAAUACUCCGAUUUUCACUUGCCGCUUUGGUGUAAAUGACUGGUUGAAUUUAAUGGAACAUCAGCAUCAUAAUACGCCUCUAAAUAAUAUUCAUGAAACAAAAUGAGUUUUGCGGUAAGGCCCUUUCUGCAAUGUAAGGAGCCCAGAGUACUCUAUUAUCAUGAAUCAUGCAGCUAUUUUCAAAUAUAAACUUAUAGAAAUGUUAAGAGACAAAUGAGACAUUAUAGAUUGAUUUGAAAAGUUCCACUUUCUAUUUUACUAUGGGAAAUAAUACACCCAUGCAUGUGAUGUAAUUAAAAUGGAUGCCAUUGUUUUUUCUUUUAUUUUGGUAGCAGUAUGCUUAGUGACUGCUGGCUCAGCACCCCUAAAUUAUACAACAUAGACUUGCCUCACACAUAUCUCAUCCAAAGGACCCCAAAACUAUUAGAGCAGCUAUGGCCUAGAAUGUUUUAUCGUGUGGUGCGUCAUUGCCGCACAAUGAUCCUAACCGGGGUUUUGCUGUUCAUCGCGUCUGCAAGCGAGACGGCGAGAAGAGCUUUAUUUUGAGAAAGAGAGAGAGGGGAGGUGGGUGAGCAAAAGAGAGAGGGCGAUCGAGAGGUGCCGUGUGUUGGCUGUCUACCCGCUAUUUACCUCCCUGCUGGCCGACAGGAUGGAGGCACCUUGUCUGCUGCACCAUGUGUGCAUAUUAGUCGAAUAACGCAUCCAGCACAUUUUAUACUGUCCUAGUUGUAGCAUUGUUUGUAUUUCUAUUAAUUAUUAUUAUAGUGUUGUGCCCAAUUUGGGGGGGGAGGGUCGUCUUUUUGAACAGGUAAGAAUUUUAUUAUUUAUUAAAGUAAUUAUUAAUUUUGUGUUUUUGCGCGCUUAAUCCGAAUUUUGAAGAAUGUUUUUUUUUUUUUUAACACGUUUUCGUUUUUCCUCGUGGAGCCACGUAAAAGCUCGGAAAAGCGUAAAUAUGUGUAAGUGUAGACGAGGUGGACCUGCUUCCUGGCAGUUUGAGGUUAAUCCGCGCCGAUGCUUUAAUUAUAAAUAGGAUUGGUCUUUUAUUAACAAUACGAAUACGCACGUUUGGAUCUGUGUAAUUACCAGCAAAGGAGCUUACACGUGUUCUUUUCCUCCCCGCUAAGCGCAUUUGUGCAGCUAAGGCUGCAUUUUCAUCCUGUCCUUAUCAGCCUCCAAAGGUCUUAUGUGGGUCUUUAAGUAGUUGCCUCAUAAGUGCUGAUCCGAUCGGAAGAUAAGAGGAGCAGCUCAUCCACUCUUCAGCACAGGAGGGAUAUUACAUACACGCAUGCAGGAGGAAUUAAGACAAAAGUUCACUUUAUAAUGUAUAGGAACUUAAGAAAGGGUUUGGUACUGUAUAAUUUAUUUCGUUGACGCACUAGGAUGACUCUUUUUUCCUUUUCGCAUAUUUUGUGUCCAGCGUCAAUCCAGUUUUCCAUGUGAAUGACAGGCUUCCAGGGAUGGAGUCAAUAGCCGGACAGCUUCGAGAGCCUGGAAGAGAAGCCAGCUCCACCCCAAGUCCCAAACGGGACACCCAGGGCCUUUCCGGCCCCCUCAAACCGAACCAAGUGAGCGAGACCUCCCUGUACGGGGUGCCCAUCGUCUCCCUUGUCAUCGACGGGAGAGAACGACUGUGCCUGGCCCAGAUCUCCAACACCCUCCUGAAGAACUACAGCUACAACGAGAUUCACAACCGCAGGGUGGCAUUGGGCAUCACCUGUGUGCAGUGCACCCCCGUGCAGCUGGAGCUCCUGCGACGCGCCGGCGCCAUGCCCAUCUCGUCCAGACGCUGCGGCAUGAUCACCAAGCGGGAGGCCGAGCGGCUCUGCAAGUCCUUCCUUGGGGCGCACAGCCCCCCAAAGCUGCCCGAGAAUUUCGCAUUCGAUGUGUCUCACGAGUGUGCGUGGGGUUGCAGGGGAAGCUUCAUCCCGGCCCGAUACAACAGCUCCCGGGCCAAGUGCAUCAAGUGCACCUUUUGCAACAUGUAUUUCUCCCCGAAUAAAUUCAUUUUCCACUCGCAUCGCACCCCUGAGUCCAAGUACCUGCAGCCGGACGCGGCCAACUUCAACUCGUGGAGGCGCCACCUGAAACUGACGGAGAAGAAGCCCUCGGACGAGAUCAACCACGCGUGGGAGGAUGUCAAGGCCAUGUUUAACGGGGGCAGCAGAAAGAGGACGCUUCCUAUGGGGAGCUCGCGGGAGCAGUCCCCCAUGAAAGCGCAAGCUUCCUCCGCACUCAACCGCACCGUUUCCCCGGAAGUCCCGCGCAAAACUUUACGGUGCGACGAGGAUCAGGGGAGUAAUAACAUCACUUUGGCGAGCAGUGCGAGGAGCUAUCCACUCAUCCCGGUCCCCAGUAAAAACUUUGGCAUGCUCCAAAAAAUCCCCCCACCCUUAUUCCCGCAUCACCCGUAUGGUUUCGCUAGCUACGGCUUGUGUCCGAAAAAAAGUGACAGCGUGCCAGAUGUGACUAAAAGCAACGUCCCCGGCGUGUUUUGGCCGACUACCAAGGACGCAAUUUACCCCGCUUUCCCCGUCUUUUGGCCCUCGGCUAGCAGCCUCCCCAUGCCGCCCUACCAGGCCAAACCUCCGGAGCUGCCCGGGGUUCGCCAGGCCGACCUCGACUUAUCAGACCAAAGCGAAAGGGGUGUGAACACCCCCAAAGACGGCCACCAGCAGCAGGAUGCGGGAGAGCGACGCCCCAGUUCGUCCAGCAACUGCAGGAACGACGAUGACAGGUCCGGGGACGAGACGACUUCACAUCGGAAGAUCAGCUACAUCUCCGCCUUUAGACCUGUCGUCAAAGACGCGGAGACCAUCGCCAAGUUGUACGGGGCCCGGGAGGGCUUCAAUGUGCGGGCUGGCUACCUCUCCCCGGACUUUGUUAGCGAAACGUCCAGCUAUAGAUCCAUGUCCCCGGACAGAGACACCGUGGAAGACGACGACGACGACGAGGACCCCGACGUUGAUGUGGAGUCGAGCAGAGGAGCAGAGGAUGAAGAGCCGAUCCGGAUCUCGCCGAGAGGGAACCGCCACGAGUCUCCUCCGCCCGAGGCGCCUGAAGAGAGCCAGGGGAAGGGUGCACCUUGCAGCCCCGCUGGAGCGUCACCUGCGGACUCGGCGCACACUGGCUCUUCCGAUGAAGGCAGGCUCAUCCGGGAUGGCUCACCUAUUCAUCACGUGUAUGCGGAUGAAAAGGACUGCCAAGUGCAAGUGGACGAGACGUUCGAGUCGCCGAGCAGCCCCUGCAGAUCAAACGGUGCGCAUCACGGCCAACAAAAUAUAACAUCCAAUCAGGAACAGAUGGACAAACAAGCUGAAGGAGCUUUACGCAUUGACAUCAGUGUACAUGAACGAAAUCUGGAGAACAUGGCGAAAGAGGAGUUGCAGAAGCAGCUCCUGGAGCAGAUGGAGCUGAGGAAAAAGCUAGAGAGAGAAUUUCAACAUUUGAAAGAUAAUUUUCAGGAUCAAAUGAAGCGCGAGCUGUCCUACAGAGAGGAAAUGGUCCAGCAGCUGCAGAUUGUUCGAGAAGCUCACGACGCCCUUCACCAUUUCUCCUGCAAGAUGUUGACCCCUCGCCAGUGUACUGGAGCCUGCGCCUUUAAACCUCCUCUACUGCCUCCUUAAAUUCCGGCACAACCCCUUUACCCACCCUUAACCCCCAACACACACAAAAACACUCCUAUCGAUGAUGAAGCACUUGAGCGAACAUUCAGAAAAAGCAGGAUUUAUUCCAACACUGUUUUAUGUUGAGAGUCCAGUGGUCUGAUAUGAACGCUCAUACCAAGAAUCCACCUGCUAUUUAACGAUUCUGAAAAAUGGUGGCAAAGCACUAAUACAAUAUAUACCAUGUGACAAUGUGCAAUGGCAUGUCUAAUUGUGAUAAGUUGAAACCUAUGUCAUACUUUAGCUUUUUAUUGCUUGUUUGAAUCACUUCAGUUCUGUAUUCAUCUUCAUUUCUCUUUCAGAUUAUUUGUAUCACCAUAUGUGUUGUAAAGCACUUUAAAUGGGCAACAUCUCUGCUUUUGUCGUCCUUUAUAUACCAAAUGGUCAUAUCAGAAAAAAAGAAGGAUGUUUAUGUUGAAAAGGAAGCACUUACUUUAAAAGUAACUGAGAUCAUAAUGUUUGUUUGAGAUCAUGC